UUUACACCCUCUGCCCCUUUCUUCUUUAUUCUUAUCUUAUCAAACUUUAUUGGCUAAAAUUAUUAUAUGCUAGUUCAUAAAUUAUUAUUUCGACGUUUUUCAUUAAAGAAACAAUAUAACGACACCAACAAAAACAACAACAAAGAAAUAACACACAACUCGAGUAAGUUGAGUACAUCUGAAGUGCAAUCAACUGGCUGUUAGUGUAUCUGUACUUGGAGAAAGUGUCACAUCGUCGAACGACGAAGUUCAAAGAUACUUUCGCAGUCACCCAAGUUAUUAUACACAUUAUCUUAUUCAUUUGCAAAUUCUCUUUUAAAAGAGUAAAUUAAAGUUAAAUUUUUGUGGGGGGAAAACCAAUCUAGUAACAAGAAAAAAAAAAUUCGCAAGCCACAGAAAAGACUUAUAAGUCCCAUAAGCUAUUGAGUCUUCCACGCGACCGGUUGUGAGAUACAAAUUUAUCUAUACUAACUUGUGCCAAAUUGUGUUCGUUAUAAAUCGGUUUUUCGCAUGUGCUGAAUUCUGGUGAAUUGAUUAACGAAAAAAAAAAAAAAGAUUAAAAAAAAUUGUAACCAUGUCAAACUUACGACCUCUAACACCUUUAUUAGCUUUGCGAGCUAAAGAAGAACUCAAUGAAGUUCCAGAAAGAAUCGACGAUGAUCUCAGGGCGUUUCGUGAGUGGAUAGCGAAGCAGCCUCAUUUAAAAUCCCGCACAGAUGAUCAAUUUUUGAUUGCCUUCCUACGCGGCUGCAAACACAGCUUGGAAAAGGCGAAACACAAGUUGGACAUGUUUUAUACAAUGCGUGGCAUUAUUCCUGAGUUAUAUAGCAACAGGAGUGUAGAUGAUCCUAAGGUUAUUGGAAUCCUUCGAAGUGGUUGCCUCAUCCGAUUGCCAUCGCCUUUGGGUGAAGAUGGUCCAAGAAUACAUGUCACUCGAUACGGAAUGUAUGAUUCCCAUAAAUAUAACAUCACUGAUGUCCUGAAAACAAACACUUUCCUGCAGGAAAUUGAAUUUGUUGAAGAUGAUAAUGCAAUGGUGAAGGGUUUUAUUGAAAUUAUCGACUUUAAGGGUGUUACAGGGUCCCAUUUGUUACAAUUCGAUAUGUCAUUGGUGAGAAAAUUAGCUGCUCUAGGAGACAAAGCUUGGCCUUAUCGACAGAAAGGAUUCCAUUUUGUCAAUGUACCAAGUGGAACUGAGACACUUUUAACGCUUGUCAGAGCGCUUUUAAGUGAAAAGAUCAAGAAAAGGUUCCACAUUCAUAGCAAAUAUGAAAGUCUUUAUGAACAUGUCCCUGAAAAAUAUCUACCAGCUGAAUAUGGUGGUAAAAAUGGAACAAUUCAAGAUGUUAUCGAUACGUGGGAGGCAAAAUUAUUAAGUUAUCGAGAAUAUUUUAUUGACGAGGCUAAUUAUGGAACAAAUGAAAAAUUAAGACCAGGUAAACCAAUGACUUCGGAGACAGUUUUUGGACUUGCUGGUUCAUUUAGAAAAUUAGAUGUUGAUUAGAAUAUUUAUAAUGACUAGCAAAAAAAAGACCUAAAUAAAAAAACAUCGAAAUAAAACAUCAACUUGGUGAAAUUAA